AAAGAGCAGCUGCGCCCCGGGCAACCAGGGACCCCCAGGAUCCCAGCCUUGCCCGACGGGCCCGCGGCCGCGAUGCCGGAUGAGCUGACCGAGCCCGGGCGCGCCACACCGGCUCGCGCCUCCUCCUUCCUCAUCGAGAACCUGCUAGCAGCCGAGGCCAAGGGCGCGGGGCGCUCAACCCAGGGCGAUGGCGUCCGCGAGGAAGAGGAGGAGGACGACGACGACCCGGAGGACGAGGAUCCGGAGCAGGCGCGACGACGACGACUACAGCGGCGGCGACAGCAGCGUGCGGGCAUCGGGCCGGGCGGGGAGGCGAGGGCCCGGGCACUGGGCCUAGGGCCCCGGCCGCCUCCUGGGCCCGGCCCGCCCUUCGCGCUCGGCUGCGGAGGUGCAACGCGGUGGUACCCACGGGUGCACGGCGGCUACGGAGGUGGUCUGAGUCCUGACACAAGCGACCGGGACUCUCCGGAGACCUGCGAGGAGAUGGGCCGCGCAGAGAGCGCCUGGCCGCGGUGCCCCGGGCCAGGAACCGUUCCGCGGGAGGUGACGACGCAGGGCCCGGCGACCGGCGGGGAGGAGGCGGCGGAGUUGGCCGAGCCUCCGGCGGUGGCGGCGGCGGCGACAGGGGAGGCGCGCGGCGGCCGCAGGAAGAAGACGCGCACGGUCUUCUCGCGCAGCCAGGUCUUCCAGCUCGAGUCCACUUUCGAUCUGAAGCGCUACCUGAGCAGCGCGGAGCGCGCGGGCCUCGCCGCCUCGCUGCAGCUCACCGAGACGCAGGUCAAAAUCUGGUUUCAGAACCGCCGCAACAAGUGGAAGCGGCAGCUGGCAGCGGAGCUGGAGGCGGCCAGCCUGUCUCCGCCGGGCGCGCAGCGCCUGGUCCGCGUGCCGGUGAUCUACCACGAGAGUCCCCCGGCCGCCGCGGGGCCCGCGCUGCCCUUCCCGCUGGCGCCGCCCGCACCCGCACCGCCGCCGCCGCUGCUUGGUUUCUCGGGUGCGCUUGCUUACCCGCUGGCCGCCUUCCCUGCCGCCGCCUCGGUUCCCUUCCUUCGCGCGCAGAUGCCAGGGCUUGUGUGAGCCGGCACCCUCCAUGUAGGAGGCGGUGCGGGGGAGUGGGGGAGGCGCCGCGCGCCUCGCAGCCCCUCGAGCGGCCGUCUCCGUGGGCAGCUGCUCCAGAGUGUACCGGACAGCGGCGGCAGCCGGGACUCGCAGCCAGCUGCAGGACUGGAGACCCGUUCCGAUCGAAAGCCAGGGCGAUGCGCUAGCUCUCGCCAGCACGGAGUGCUGCAGCAGAGGCCGGCUCCGAGUCAGCAAACGGACACUUGGAAUGGGCUGGCCGAGGAACCACACGGCGACUGUCCCGAGGCAUCCUGGCCCUAAUUCAGAUUGUCCUUUUCUCGGGAGGGAUCUUGCAGGAACCCAGACAUCAGGGGCCCCUUCCAAGGGACAGUACAGAGAGCUGCGGGCCUUGGGACAACUCAUCUUGGGCCUCUUUUCCGAAGAGGGCUUCUCUCUUGGCGGCCUUGGUUCUCUUGGCUUGACAAGACUUUUUUUUUCUUUUUUCUGUGAUAAAUCUACUUCUUUGCAUAUGGAAUAAAAAGGGACGUUUUCUU